AUGUUGGGGUUGCAUGGACGCACCAUGUUGAGAAACAGUUGCAAUAGAGUAGCUGGAAGACGUUAUAUAGCGUUAAAUGCUGAGAUCUCACGCGCUUUAGAUACGAGUGCAGUUGUUCAAGACGUUGUUGUUGUUGGUGCAGGUCAUGCUGGCUGUGAGGCUGCAGCAGGCUCAGCAAGAACUGGCACGAGGACGAUGCUGGUGACUCCUGCAUUGGAGAAGAUUGGUACAUGUUCGUGCAAUCCAUCGAUGGGUGGUGUAGGAAAGGGCACGUUGCUGAAAGAAGUUGAUGCACUUGAUGGUGUGGCCUCAAAGGUCACGGACUUGGCUGGCAUACAGUUCAAAAUGCUAAACAGAAGCAAAGGCGCCGCUGUUUGGGGUCCCAGAGCCCAAAUUGACAGGAAGUUGUACUUGAAGUACAUGCAAGAUGAGUUAAAAAAUUAUUCAAAUUUGACAUUAGUGGAAGGUAAAGUUAAAGAUCUUAUCAUUGACGAAGAACACACUAAGGUUAGAGGGAUACUGUUAGAGGAUGGCACCAUAAUUAGGACAAAUAACGUGGUAAUUGCUACUGGGACUUUUCUCAAUGCUGAAAUUCAUAUUGGAAUGGAAACUUUUCCUGCUGGUAGAAUCAAUGAAGCACCAACGUACGGCCUCAGUGAAACGUUUGCGGAGGCAGGUUUCAAGUUGGGAAGAUUGAAGACGGGGACGCCAGCAAGAUUAGAUGCUCACUCAAUCAAUUUUGAAAACCUAGAGAAGCAAUAUGGCGAUGAUGAACCGCAUCCGAUGAGUUUUCUAAAUGAAUCCGUCUCUAUCAGCAAAGAAAAGCAGAUGUUAUGUUAUGGAACUAAUACCACUCCAGAGUUACACAAGUACUUGUUUGGAAAUUUGCAUAAAAGUCUACAUAUAAGAGAGACCGUCAAAGGACCCAGAUAUUGUCCAUCUAUUGAAGCCAAAAUAAUAAGAUUUAAGGAUAAAUUAUCUCAUAAAAUUUGGUUGGAACCUGAGGGACUGGAUUCCAACGUUAUAUAUCCAAAUGGAAUCUCGAAUUCCAUGCCCAAAGAUGUUCAAGAAACUAUGCUCAAGUUUAUUCCCGGUUUAGAAAACGCCAAAAUCAUACAGCACGCAUAUGGUGUCGAGUACGAUUAUAUCGAUCCAAGACAAUUAAAACCGACUCUAGAAACAAAACUAAUAAAUGGGUUAUUCUUAGCGGGUCAAAUAAAUGGAACCACGGGAUACGAAGAAGCUUGUGCGCAAGGUAUUAUAGCCGGCAUAAAUGCCGGAUUGUCUUCCCAAAAGAAGUUGCCAUUGACGCUUUCUAGGUCAGACGCUUAUAUUGGUGUUUUGAUAGAUGAUUUAACGACUAAAGGUAUCGAAGAACCAUACAGAAUGUUCACUUCAAGGUCAGAAUUUAGACUUACAGUGAGACAGGAUAAUGCCGAUUUAAGACUCACAGAAUUGGGAUAUCAAAAAGGCGCUGUGUCGAAGGAAAGGUAUGCUAAAUUUUUGACUCACAAGGCACAAUACAUGGAGAUAGUAAAUAAAUUGAAGUCGUUAAAGAGGAAUAAUAUAGAUUGGUCCACAAAACUGGAUCUUACUGUGGCUCCGUCAUCCUUAAACCGAUCAGCAUGGGAUAUGUUUGCCUUCUCGGGUGUCUCACUAACAAGACUUUCUCAGCAGUUCCCAGAAUUGGGCAUUGAUAUAUCGAACGUUCCAAGACACGUAAUUUUAAAAAUCGACGUUGAAGGAAAAUACAGCCAAUAUAUUAGCAAACAAAACCAACUAGUACGCGCAUUCAAAGCUGAUGAGGAACUAUUACUUCCACAGGACUAUGAUUACAAUGACAUGUCAAGUCUUUCCUCAGAGUGUAAACUUCUACUUAAUCAAGUUAAGCCUAUCACCAUUGGACAAGCAAGAAGAAUACAGGGCGUCACGCCCGCUGCACUUUUCGAGCUUUACAGGCUCAUCCAUCAUAGAAAGUCAAUCGUGUAA